GCUUUGAUGGAACUCAGUAUUUCCUCGCGGAGAUCCAAAAGCAGUUUAGGUUCAAUUUUUUUUUUAUGUAGUGCGAGUAGUGCCUUUGUACAUUGUAUAGGAGAGAAACAUCUUCGAACAAAAAAAUGUCAGAAGAUUCGGAAAGGGGGAAAUAUUCAUCUCCGGGAGGAUCGAAAACUUGGGAAUACUUCACCGCCGCGACGUGCGCCAGCGGUGUAUUUUUAAUCGGUCUUUCGGUGGGAUGGAGUGCACCGUCCCUCGUGGAACUCAUAGCUCCGAAUUCAACGAUUCCGUUGACCGUAGAUGAAGCGACGUCCGUAACCGCGGCAAUGCCGCUCGGAACUAUAAUUGCCCCAUUUUUAUGCGUAUUCAUCGUCGACAGAUUCGGAAGAAAGAAAACCAUGCUGACCUGUAUAAUACCGUUGGCGAUAAGUUGGCUACUCACAAUUUUGGCUAAAGAAGCGAUCGUUCUCAUCGUGGCGAGACUGAGCGCUGGAUUUGCGAUGGGGAUGAUGACGUGUCUGUUUCCGAUCUAUCAAGGUGAAAUAAUGUCGACCGAGUUACGCGGUUCCCUCGGUGCUGCGGGAUUCGUUCUGCUGUACGUCGGGCUACUUUUCAUAUACGUGGUGGCGCCUCGCGUCGGUGUUCGGGUAAUGGCUGGUAUAGGAUUCGCAUUCUCUUUAGCAACCACGGCAGCAGCUUUUGUCUUACCGGAAUCCCCCUACUGGCUCAUAAUGGUAGGUAGACUCGGUCAGGCGGAAGCCACCCUAGAAAAACUCAGGGGGAAAUCAGACGUGUCGAACGAAUUGGAAUUGAUAAAACUCACGAUCAAAGAAAAGGGAAAGUCUAUAUUGCCGGAAGACCAGGAGGUAGACGGCAAACAAAAUGCGUUCAAAAAAUUAUUCACCAUACGUGGUAACCUGAAGGCUUUCGGGCUAUCGGUGGUGCUGGUAUGGAUGUUGCACGUGUGCGGGCUCGGAUCGGUGUUAAUUUACGGACCGCUUAUAUUCAAAGCCAUAGGAUCCGAGAUCAGCCCUAUGUCGGCGACGGUGAUAUUCGGUGUUUUGCAAAUAAUGAGUUCUGCCGCGGCUAUAUUCGUUGUCGAUCGACUCGGACGUAGACCACUUUUGAUAACAUCCGGAAUAGUGUCCAGCAUAUUUCUAGCCAUACUAAGCGCCUGGUUCUACUUCGACGAACACACCGACGUCAACGUAAAACCCUUUGCUAUUGUUCCCCUCUGUUGUGUAUUCGCGUUCGUGAUGGCCCUAAAUUUUGGAGUGCUGCUCGUGCCCGGUAUUCUGCUAUCGGAAAUUUUUUCGACCGACGUCAAGGCACUCGCAAACAGUAUCAAUACCAUAUACACCGGAUUGGUUUCAGCGGUGGUCGCGAAGGCCUAUCUACUCGUAGCGGUUAGUUGGGGUUACGGGCACAGCGCGCCAUUUUUGUUAUUCGCCGUUUCAAAUUUCAUAUGCUCACUGGUGUUCCUCAAAUGGCUACCGGAGACUAAGGGAAAGACUUUGUUGGAAAUUCAGAGAGAGCUUAACGCCUGACCGAAUCACGAGCGAAGAAAAUUGGAUGAAAAUCGACUUAUUCAUUUGUUUUUUUUUCAACCGUUUCACACGUACUCGUGAUAAGCCCGAACCGACGAUGCAAUUCGGUUUGAGUGAUAAGGAAAUUGUGUGCUUUCAGACAGUUGCUAACUACUUGUAAGAAUAUAAUAAAUUACUUGUGGAUUACUGUACGAACGAAAUAAAAUAGUUCCCUUUUUUUCUUACUCCA